GGGGAGGUUACUGUUGCAAUUCAGGAUUUGUCCUGUGUGUGUAGUCUUUCUAUAUACGCCAGUAAGGAAUUCAUUGUUGUUCAUUCGUUACAGCAUUGUGCCUAGAAAUAACUACAGCUAAUCGAACUUCUGCCACCGAAAGCACAAGCGACAAAGCCCUCAUGGGGUCUCUGAAUUAAAUUACUUCUGGCCCUAUCUUCAAGCUGUCAAAGAGCAUCAGGAUUAACUUGAUUUGCCAUUUAACAUCCCUCCCUCAGUGUUAAGGGGGCUUCUGCAUUUGUCAUCUUAACCACUGCUUUGGGAUCCUUGAAAAGAAUCUCCGGAUCUGCAUCAGAUCAUGACUUCACAGGACGGAGCAGAAUGAAUACUGAAUUCAGAUGCCACCCUGUUUUUCAGCAGUUGCCAUUCAUGUGGAACACCCUCGACCUGGAAAGCAAUGGCGUCUUUCUCGAUGGCAUGCUGCUCCCCGUCAACGGCACAGUUAAAUCACAAACAAUUGAUUGUAUCAAUAGUGAAGAGAUGGGAAGAAAGGAGGCUGCAGUGAAAUCUGAUCCUGAGGGUGUUCCAGCACCUAGAGGGACACACUUGUGGGAGUUUAUUCGAGACGUCCUGCUGGAUUCAGACAAGAACCCAGGACUGCUGAAGUGGGAGGACAGGUCUGAAGGGGUUUUCCGUUUCCUCAAGUCAGAAGCUGUGGCUCAACUCUGUGGCAAGAAGAAGAACAACAGCAGUAUGACCUACGAGAAGCUAAGCCGUGCAAUGAGAUAUUAUUACAAACAGGAAAUUCUGGAGCGAGUAGAUGAUCGCAGGUUGGUCUAUAAAUUUGGGAAGAAUGCUCAUGGCUGGAAGCACUAUGACCAAUUAUGAACCUUUGGAGAUUUUUGACAAUAUGGAUAUCAUGUCUUCAAAGAGAUAGUAAAAUGGUUACUUAUGUGUAUAGAAAAUCACAGGCAAAAAUGAUCAUGAACCCACUCCAUCAGCUUCUACCCACCAUGUUGCUGCUCAAAAAUUUCCAAAAGCCUCAAAAUCUCUGCUAAAAAGCAAUGUUCUGAGACAAUGCUGGCCAUAAGUGUUUUUCGAACAGAGCAAGUGAUUUCUAGCUGCGAGGGAAGAUGAACCGGGGCGAUUUAUUUUCCCAAACAAUUUCAGCAACAGUUUGAAUGUCAGGCAAAAGAAAAGUCUUCUUGUUUUGUUUUCUCUGCUGUAACAGCUUGUAACAAUAAGAAUGUAUUUAUUUAUACGCCACAUUUAACAUGGUAAAAUACCUGAAGGUACUUGAAGGAAUAUACUCAAAUAAACAUGUGAAACCAAACAUCCAAAAGGACAUUUUAACCAAUCAAAAUCUUGGUUGAAGAAGCAGAUUCCAAGGAGUAUCUUAAAGAAAGAUAAAUAGAUAAAGUGAUGGAGAGGAAAUUUCCGAGCUUAGGGCCAAUCCAGCUGAAAUUCAAUGGUGGGGUAAAGGAAGUUACAAUGCCAAUGAGCUGAGAAUUGGAGGAAGCUCUGAGCCUCCUCCUUUUGACCACAUCGCAUGACAUAGAGUCAGGGUAACAUCUCAAGCCAAUAACAAAAUUCAAUUCCUACUCUUGGAGACUUUCCUACUUUUGGAGACUUUCCAACUCAUGUGCCUGCAGUUACUGAAUUCUAACCACUGUCAUCAGUGCUACUUUCUUCACUUCUGUCUCUUAUAGGUUACAAAACUGUGCAUUGGGAACAGGGGAUUCAUCCUGGUACUUUUAAAAUGAAAAUCUAAUGGUCACAUUUUUCUGUAAUGGGAAUAACAACAAUGGAUAGUCAUUAUUGUGAAAGAUUUUGAUUCCUCGAUAUGAUGACAAAUGCAAAUGUUUAAUGCUGUUUUAACAAUUAAGGUUCCUUAUAAAUUUAUGAAAUUACUGUAAUGAAAUUGAUUUUAAUAUUAUCUGUUGCAUAUUUGUAAAAUCAUUUAAAUUGUAUUGUAUUCUACGUUGAUUUAGACUCUGUUGAACUGUAUGGAGAAUAAGAAUGACAUUUUGAGGGUAAAGAACUUGUCAACAUCCGGCUUAAGACCACCACUUAAUGGGAUGGGUUAUGUGAACUAUCUUCUAUUUUCCAGCCUAACUUUUGUAUAUUUAUAUCUUUACAUAAUCUUCCAAUAUUCUAAAUACCCCCUAAUAACUUUCAUUGCCUUUCCAUGCUUACUUCUGUGUUUUAUAAAAGAAUUCCAUAGUGCCAAACAUAUUCCUACUGUUAUGAACAAAUUCCCUCAAAAUGUAUUCAGAAGAUAGUCUAGACCCUAACUUCCUCUUAUUUUAAAAGUAAGAGGAAGUUGUUGAAUUCCAGAUGCAAUUUGAUUGAUCAAAUUACUCAAUGUUAAGCAA